UCGGCGGCCAGGCUUUUCCAGCCGCAGACGUUGCGGCGAGGAUCCUGGGGAUCUGCGCUUGUACGCGUCCGUCGGGAGCCGAACUGGGCGCCGCAGUGAUGGGGCUGGGUUGAGCUGUGUGCCUCCGGACAGGCUGCGCCGCCGCUGAUGGAGGGCCUUUCGGAGCUGGGGCCCGAGGCGGUGCUGCGCUUUCUGGCGGAGCGCGGGGGCCGGGCCCGGCACGCCGAGCUAGUGCAGCACUUCAGGGGCGCCCUGGGCGGCGAGCCCGAGCAGCGCACCCGCGCCCGCGCCCAUUUCAAGGAGCUGGUCAACGCCGUGGCCACUGUGCGCACCGACCCCACCGACGGCUCCAAGUACGUGCACCUCAAGAAGCGGUUCUGCGACGGGGCUCCUCCGCCCGAGGCCGCGCCCCCGCCGGGUCUGCCCCUCGUCACGGUGACCGAGCCCGAGCCCGAGCCCCUCGGCCGCAGCUCUAGGUCGCCCGGCGACGCGGCCGAGCCUGAGCGGAGCGGCUUGUGGCCCGCGGUGGCGCCUUCCGAGUCGUUCCCGGGCCGGGGUUGCGAGACGCGCGGCGGGGAGUACGCGGGGCCAGGAGGCGGGGUCCGGAGGAAGAAUUCGCGGCGCGAAGUGCGGCCGCCGCCCCGGGGACAGGCCCCCGGCAGCGAGGACCGGGAGCCCCCGCCCGAAGGCUGCAAGGACGCGGACGGGGGCAGCUCGCCGGGCGGGGUCGCGGCCCAGAGGGCCGCCCGCCAGAACCUCCGCGAGCUUGUGAUGGGCGGCUCCCCGCAGCUCAGGAGGAGCGGCUGUCCUGGGGGCAGCAGCCCAGGGAGCUCCUCCGCUGGGGGACGCGGUAGGGGUGGGGGCGACUCGGACAGCGCGUCCGUCGCUUCGUCGUUGGCUGAGGAGGAGAGCAGUGGCGGGGGCUCGGUGACACUGGACCCUCUGGAGCAUGCUUGGAUGCUCUCAGCCUCCGAUGGCAGGUGGGACAGCCUAGAAGGGUUGCUCACCUGUGAGCCUGGCCUGCUGGCCAAGAGGGACUUCAUCACCGGCUUCACCUGCCUACACUGGGCCGCCAAGCAUGGCAGGCAGGAGCUCCUGGUCAUGCUGGUCAACUUUGCCAACAAACACCAGCUGCCAGUGAACAUCAACGCCAGGACCAGCGGAGGCUACACGGCCUUGCACUUGGCAGCCAUGCACGGGCACGUGGAGGUGGUGAAGUUGCUGGUGGGGGCUUAUGAUGCAGACGUGGACAUCAGGGACUACAGUGGGAGGAAGGCCUCUCAGUACCUCAGUCAGAGCAUUGCUGAGGAGAUCAGGAACUUGGUGGGAGCCCUGGAUGAAGAGGAGGACGGAGAGGGCGCCACAGUCAGCUGGGGUGGGCGCUGGAGGCUUUCAAAGGUGCUCCCCUCACACCUCAUCAGCUGCAAACUCUCCCACCCCCUGGAAGAUGGAGGGGACCAUCACCACCACCUCCACCUGGUUGAGGGAUGGGCUGGAGGCAAAGCGAAGGAUCCAGGUCGCAAAGCUUCAGGCAGUUCUAGUGGAAGGAUAAAACCCAGACUGAACAAAAUCCGCUUCCGAACCCAGAUCAUCCACACUACACCCACUUUCCGAGACCCGGAGCAGCCCCUGGAAGAGGGGGAGGAGGAACAGGAGGAACGGUCUUACAAAGGCCACUCAUCCUCAUUCAAAUUGAGACCCAAGUCCAAUGUAUUUGGGUAAAAAUUUUCUUUAAAAGAUUCUGAAGGUCAUGUAAAAGUUGAAAUGCAGGAAUACUAAUUAGGGAAUAGUAUCAGUAAGGAUGAUAUCCUAUUUGUAUAGAUAAGUAAUGUUCAACUAUUUAAGGCAAUUUCAGUUUUAAUCACUGACCACUAAAGAAAUAAGCAUUCACUUUUGAAUUAGUAGUGUGGGUCCCCCUUAACUAUCUCUAAUAGAACUGCACUGAGUAUUAGGGUCCACAACAACACAUUUUUGUUUAGAGAAAACAAUCUAUGGUACUUUUAAGUAAAAUACUUCCUCUGGUUCUGAUUCUCACAAACUUCUUUUGCUAUUAUUCUAAAAGUCUAAAUUUUCUGGACUUUUCAUUCUGGGGACCACAUAACCAUUGGUCUUAUUAGACGUGGCCCUGUUUGAUGGUGCCUAGAGUUGAAUUGCCUACAGAAAGUGUUCUGGUUCACACGAUCAGCAAAAAUUGGCAUAAAUGUUAGCGAGUCUAUGCUUCUGUGAAGUAAUUAUUAAAUCAACUUAAUGAUUCUCACGUAAGGUUACACUUUUAACUUUAUUAAUAAAAUACAUUCAUAGUCUCUAUGCUGCCUAGCAAUGUUUUGUAACUGUUUAAGAUACUGAAUCCCUUCAAUUUUCCAAUGUUUCCUUGAAUCUGUUAGAGACAUAUAGUGAAAUUAUUGGAAAGCUGGAUAGUAAAUCUACCCAGUUAAAAAGAGCACUUUAUAAAAGGGAAAAGAGAAGAAAUGGGACUAUUUCUAUAUCUAAGUGAUACUCACUAUUGAAUUUCUUUGCAUAUAAAUGAAAAAUACCAUUCAUUACAAUGAAAGACUUGCAUAAGCAUUCUUUAUUACAUUUCAUCCAAAUGUGGAAAGGGGAAAUGUCUUUAUAGUUAUUGUAAAAUGUAGCUCACAAGCAUAUUAGAUCUGUUUGUAACAAGAUUUAAAACUUUUGUGGGAGACUAAUUUCAACAAGUUCUUGGUCUUCUUGGUCUUGUAACUGCUGAAAUGUAAGUACCUAACACCCAUAGAGACUGAGGAGGAGUUAACAGCUUAGAGUGAGUGAACCAAUAUAUGAACUGUACAGUACUGCACUGUUUAGAGAGUCUUUAGAUCUUUAAUUUCCCAAGUUGUAGGAAUUUCUAACAACUUUGUCAUGCCUCUAGAUAGCAGCAGAUAGUAACUGAAUUUGUUUAAAGACUAAUGAAAAAUAUUCACAUAAAAUUCAUUCAUGGCUGGAAGGUGACACUUGUGUAGACUUGUUUUUCAGGCUAAACUACCUUAACUAUUUGUGUGCCUUUACUUUUGUUUUAGGAUCAUGGAAAAUGGGCCAUGUAUAUUUGAGAAGCACUUUUAUCCAUACUAGUGGGUGAAAAAAUUAAUUUUAUAUAAAUUAAAAAUAGACUUCUUGAAGGUGAAAAGCAAUCGUUUGUUCUGCAUCAUAUACAUAAUACUUGUAUGUAGUGCAGAAUAAGCUGUCAUUCACCAUUGAGGAAUCCCCACGUUUUGUGGACAUGUAAAGCUAAAGUGAAUUGUGAAGAGUAGGCACCUCAGAACCACCUAAAUUGUUGAAGUGAAUAUUAAUCCCUUAAAUAUGUAUGUUAGUAAUUAAUUGCACAAAAUCUAUGAUUUGCUAGAUCUUUAGAGAUUGAGUCAAUACUUAUGCUUUUCACACUAAAGACUUUAACUUUUCUGAUAAAAUAUACUAUAAUUUUUCAAAAGUCAUUCCUUCGGGGGUACUGCUUCCAGCAUUCCUUGUUAUGAUGUGCUUGUGUGCAAUAAGUGUAGCAUUUUCAGCUACUUAACUCUACAUUCCUCUUAUUUUUCAGUUUUCAAAUGGAGAUUAUAAAAAAGCAAAUGAUUUGUGUAAUUUGAUAUUUGUGGAGUGGUGUCCAACGUUAGAGGAAAUGUGUAUGUCAGUUACUUAGGUAUUUAUUGAUAUAUAACUGUGUGGUUGAUAGUAAAUACAUCAUGUCCAUGUGUUUCUUUCUUAGAGGUACACUUAAAACUAGUGAAUGUCCCAAAUCUCUUCACUUUUAUCAUAUAUAAAAUGCAGCUAGCUUAUAUAACUUGAAAAUCUGGUACUAUUUUAUUCACGCCUGAAAUCUUGUUGGAAUCCAGGAUGCCUUGUCUCUUAUUUUUUAAAUAAGUGAAACUGUAAGUCUAGGGUGUAAAAUUUGUAUUUUGCUUUGUCAAAAUUAAAAGUUCACACGAGAUUUUUUUUCUCUCAA